AUGGAGCCUAGUCAGGCGAGCUUCUGCCAUCCCUAUCAACCUUAUGAUAUUCAAUUGGAGUUCAUGGCACAUUUGUACCGCUGCAUAGAGGACAAAAAGGUGGGCAUCUUUGAGUCUCCAACAGGCACAGGCAAGUCUUUGAGCCUGAUAUGUGGCGCCUUGACAUGGCUCCGAGAUAAUGAACGUCGCGCUCUCGACAGCACUCUGCCGGCAGAGGGCGACGAUGACCAAGACGAUUGGUUGGCGCGGGCAGAAUCGGCCGUCCGACGUCGUGAAUUGCUCCUCGCACGAGAAGAGCUGGAGCAAAAACUUGCUGCACUACGGGAGGAAGAGGCCCGUCUGAAACAGAAAAGAUUCGACAGCAGAUCCAUGAAAAAGGCACGUACUACCGAAGGAAACGCGCAAGAACAGCCUUGGAAUGAUGACGAAUUCAUGGUGGAAGACUAUAACAGCGACGAAGAAGAAAUGGCCACUGCUCAAAGAGCCAGCACCGGUUUCUCAAAUUCUACCCAGGCAUUGCUUGACAGACUACAAAAGCCAACGAAGGAGGAUGUGGAACAGCCGGAAAUUCAACGGCUGAAGAUCAUCUAUUGUUCCCGCACUCAUUCCCAGCUGACCCAGUUUGUGAAUGAGCUGCGACGCGUCAAGCCCCCUUCAUCGAUUCCUUCAGGGGUUGAGCUCGCACCAGGUCAAGAUCUUGAGGAGGGUAUCAAACACCUCGCCCUAGGCUCGAGGAAGAAUUUGUGUAUCAAUCCCAACGUUGCACGCCUGUCAUCCACUGCGGCGAUCAACGAGCGGUGCCUUGAGCUUCAGAAGCCUGGUACCGCAAAAGAGAAGAAAUGCCCGUACCUCCCGUCAAAGGACGAUAGGGACAGAGUAGAGUCCUUCCGAAACAAGGCCAUUGCGCAGAUUAGGGACAUAGAAGACCUGAGUCACGUCGGUAAGAGGAUGGACCUUUGUCCAUACUAUGCCUCCCGCGCUGCCAUUGCUUCAGCUGAAGUCCUCACCCUGCCCUAUCCUCUCCUCUUGCAGAAAUCAGCUCGUGAGGCGUUGGGGGUCUCAGUCAAGGACGAUGUGGUCAUUAUUGACGAGGCUCACAAUUUGACGGACGCUAUUGCAGACACGUUUUCUAUAGCCCUGCGGCUGAGUCAACUCGACCAAGCUGUACAACAGGUUACUGCGUACGCAAGUCGAUUCAAGAACCGCUUGAAAGGCAAGAAUCGAGUGUACGUCACCCAGGUCAUCCGGCUUUUGAUCUCGCUUACAGAUUGCCUUCGAGGUGUGGCAGAGAAGUCACGCACGGGCGAAGUGAUUGUCACCGCUACCCAGCUUAUGUCGGGCAAAGGAGUCGAUCAAAUCCGCCCACACAAGCUGCUGCGGUAUCUGCAUGAGAGUAAACUCUGCCACAAGGUCGAAUCAUAUACCGAUGUCCAAAAGGGCGCCGAGGAUUCAAAUCAGGGCAGAGGCGUGUUGAUGCCCUUUCAAAAUUUUUUGUCGGUCCUGAUGAACCCUGACGAUGAGGGCAGAUUCUUCGUUGAUCGCCAGAAUAGCGACAUUCUCGUCCGUUACACGUUGCUUGAUCCGAGGGAACAUUUUCGAGCGAUUGUGGAGGAGGCCAGAGCUGUUAUCCUGGCUGGAGGCACCAUGUCCCCAAUGUCGGAUUAUUCGAACUACCUUUUCCCAUACCUCGAGAAGAACAGGCUCGAAACUUUCAGCUUUGGUCACGUCAUACCGGCCUCCCAUCUGUUUGCUCAGCCCGUCGUGAACGGGCCUUCAAACACCGAAUUUGAUUUCACGUUCGAGAACCGUGGCUCAGAGAGGACGGUCCUAGAGCUAGGAAAUCUAUUAUGUCGGACAUGCAAAGUUGUCCCAGACGGCGUUGUGGUAUUUUUCCCCAGCUAUGAGUACCUUGCUCAGGUCGUGGCCGUCUGGCAAAGGCUUCCACCUGCUCGGCCUCUGAUGAAGUCACUAAACGAGAAUAAGGUGACUUUCCAAGAGUCAAAAGGUGUCUCUGUCGACGAGCUUCUCAGAGAUUAUGCGAGCGCUAUUGACUCGGGGAAGGGGGCACUUUUGCUGUCAGUCGUCGGCGGGAAGCUUUCCGAGGGGAUCAAUUUCUCAGACAAGCUCGGUCGCGCCGUAAUCGCAGUCGGGCUUCCUUUCCCAAACGCAAAUGGCGCAGAGUGGAAGGCGAAGAUGAAACAUGUUGAAGGACUGCGAUAUCAGCAAUGUAAACGAGAAGCCAUAUUGCCCCAGGGACAAUGGCUAGCUGAGGCAAAGAAGGCAAGCCGAGAUUACUACGAGAAUGCUUGUAUGCGCUCUGUCAACCAGAGCAUCGGGAGAGUUAUUCGUCAUAGGAACGAUUAUGCUGCAAUUCUGAUGGUCGACAGACGGUUUGCGACAGAGAGAAUUAGACAAAAGCUGCCGGGCUGGAUACAAGGCAACAUUGGCAGAGGUGUGCAGUGCUGGGAUGAUAUCGAGCGAGGUCUGGUAAACUUCUUUCACACAAAAUCAUAA